GCUGCGGAGCCGCGGCCGCGCCGGGAGGGCCCCGGGGAGGCCUCGGGAGCCCCGGAGCGGGCCCGGGGAGAACCGGAACGGGCCCGGAGCCCCGAACCGACCACCGGAGCUACCGCUGAGGCCUGAACCGGCCCCGGAGCCGCCUCCCGGAUCCCGCCAGAAGCCCUGAAGUCGGUGUCGAACCGAUCCCCGGAGCCCCGAGCCGGCCCCGCAGCCUCAGCCCGGUCCCUGAGCCUCAGUGCCGCCGCCGCCUCUCCGAGUCCCGCUCGCUGCCGGUUCCCGGCUCCCGUUCCCCCAUCCCGGUUCCCUCCCUGAGCCCCGAACCGGGCGCUCCUCCCCGUCCCAGCUCCGUCCGGGUCCCCGUUAGCGACUUCACCCCAUCCCGGUCUCCGUUCCCCAUCCCGGCUCUCAGAGCCCCGUCCCGCUUCCCCUUCCGAGCCGCUUCCCGUUCCCCAUCCCGGUCCCCUUCCCCUCUCUGAGCUCCCGUUCCCGGCCGAUUCCCCGUCGUUCCCGGUUAGUCCCUUUACCCCCCUUAUCCCGUUACCCCGUUAUCCCGUUACCCCGUUAUCCCGGUUAUCCCCGUUACCCCCAAUAUCCUGGUUACCCCCGUUACCCCAUUACCCCCGUUAUCCUGGUAUUUCCGUUAUCCCCAUUACCCCCGUUAUUCCCGUUACCCCAUUAUCCCAAUUACCCUGGUACUCCCGGUUACCCCCGUUAUCCCGUUACUCCUGUAAUCCCCGUUACCCCGUUAUCCCGGUCACUCCCAUUAUCCCCGCUACCCCGUUACUCCCGUUACCUGUUAUCCCGGUCACCCCGGUCACCCCCGUUAUCCCGGUUACCCCCGUUAUCCCAUUGCCCCGGUUAUCCCGUUAGACCGGUUACCCCAUUAUCCCAAUUACCCUGGUACUCCCGGUUACCCCCGUUAUCCCGUUACUCCUAUAAUCCCGGUUAUCCCCGGUGUUCCCGGUGUUCCCGGUGUGCCGGUGCCAUGCACCCCGCGGGGCCGUUGGCGCUCUCGCUGGGCUCGCUGGGGCUGCUGCGGCUCCUCGGGGCCCCGUGGGGCUGGAGCGCGGCGGCGGCGCUGGGGCUGGGCCUGGGCACCGGGGGAUGGCGGCUGCUCCGGAUCCUGGUGAAAACGGCACCGAGAGACCUCUUCGGCCUGUACGUCCUGCUGCGUGUGCGGCUCCAGCUGUCCCGGCACCGCCGCCGGUGCCGCUCGGUGCCCGCGCUGUUCGCGGCCGUGGCGCGGCGCGCUCCGGCCAAGGCGGCGCUGGUGGACGCGGCGUCGGGCGCGGUCUGGACGUUCUCGCACCUGGACCGGGUGUCCAACGCGCUGGCUCACCUGUGCCGGGACCGCGGGCUCGGUGCCGGCGCUGUGGUCGCCGUGUUCAUGGAGUCCCGGCCCGAGUUCGUGGCGCUCUGGCUCGGCCUGGCCAAGGCGGGCGCGGAGGCGGCGCUGCUGAGCUCGCACCUGCGCAGGGAGGGGCUGGUGCACGGCAUCACCUGCGCAGGUGCUCGGGCAAUCGUGUUUGGGACUGAGCUGGGAGAAGCUCUCUCCGAGGUGAGCUCUGCCCUGGGCCCCAGGCUGCAGAAAUUCUCCUGGGGCCCCCCGGAUUUGGGGCCCAUCCCAGAGGGGUCCCAGGCCCUGGAGCCCCUCCUGGAGGGAGCCCCCAAAACGCCCCUGGAGGACGGGCCCGGCAAGGGCAUGGACGACCGUCUGUUCUACAUCUACACCUCGGGCACCACCGGCCUGCCCAAGGCGGCCAUUGUGGUGCACAGCAGGUAUUUCCGCAUCGCCGCCUUUGGUUAUUUCGCCUUCCGGAUGCGCCCCGAUGACGUCAUCUACACCUGCCUGCCGCUCUACCACUCUGCAGGGAACAUCAUUGGUGUGGGGCAGUGCCUCCUGCACGGCCUCACCGUCGUCAUCCGCAGGAAAUUCUCGGCCUCCAGAUUUUGGGACGAUUGUGUCAAAUAUCGCUGCACGGUGGUGCAGUACAUCGGGGAGCUGUGCCGGUACCUGCUGGCCCAGCCGCGCUCCCCGGCCGAGCGCCGGCACCGGGUGCGUUUGGCCGUCGGGAACGGGCUCCGGGCGCCGCUCUGGGAUCCGUUCCGGGAGCGCUUCGGCAUCGCCCACAUCGGGGAGUUCUACGGGGCCACCGAGUGCAACUGCAGCGUGGCCAACCUCGAUGGGAAGGUGGGCGCCUGUGGGUUCAACAGCCGCCUCCUGCCCAACGUUUACCCGGUGCGGCUGCUCCGCGUCCGGCCGGACUCGCUGGAGCUGCUCCGCGAUUCCCGCGGCCUCGGCAUCCCCUGCGCCCCAGGUGAGCCCGGCUUGCUGGUCGGCCGCAUCGACCAGCGGGACCCCCUGCGCCGCUUCGACGGCUACGUCAGCGCGGGCGCCACGCGCAGCAAGGUCGCGCACGACGUGCUGGCCAAGGGCGACCAGGCCUACCUGUCAGGGGACGUGCUGGUGAUGGAUGAUUUGGGGUACCUGUACUUUGUGGACCGCGUUGGGGACUCGUUCCGCUGGCGGGGCGAGAACGUUUCCAGCACCGAGGUCGAGGCCGCCCUGAGCCGCCUCCUGGGCCAGGCCGACGUCGCCGUCUACGGCGUCGAGAUUCCCGGUGUGGAGGGCAGGGCGGGCAUGGCGGCCAUCGCUGACCCCGGUGCCCAGGUGGAUGUGCCCGCCCUGUACCCCGCCCUGUGCCCGCUGCUCCCGCCCUACGCCCGGCCCGUCUUCAUCCGCCUGACGGCGCAGCUGGACAGCACCUGCACAUUCAAGCUGCAGAAGACGCGGCUGCGGGGGGAGGGCUGGGACCCCCGGGUGGUGCCCGAGCCCCUCUUCGUGCUGGACCCCCAGAGGGGCCGGUACGUCCCCCUGGACGGGGAGAUGCACCAACGGCUCUGCUCGGGCAAAUCCGGGUUCUGAGCACGGAAAUCCUGCUGGAAAAACCUGAAAAUUGCACUGGAAAACCUGAAAAUCCUGCUGGGAUCUGAAAAAAACAGCCUGGGGUACUGAAAAUCCUGAAAAUCCCCCAGAAUGGGAGAUGGACAAACGGCUCUGCUCCGGGAAAUCUGGGUUCUGAGCACAGAAAUCCUGCUGGAAAACACAAAAAUCCUGCUGGAAAACCACCCUGGGAUCGCAGAAAUCCUGCUGGGAUUCAGAAAAAACAGCUCGGGAUCCCAAAAUCCUGAAAAUCCCCCAGAAUGGGAGAUGCACAAACGGCUCUGCUCUGGGAAAUCCGGGUUCUGAGCAUGGAAAUCCUGCUGGAAAACCUCCCUGGGAUCUUGAAAAUCCUGCUGGGAUCCCAAAAACCUGAAAUGGGAGAUGCACGCCCGGCUCUGCUCCGGGAAAUCUGGGUUCUGAGCACAGAAAUCCUGCUGGAAAACCGGAAAAUUACAGUGAAAAACCUGAAAAUCCUGCUGGAAAACCUGAAAAUCCUGCAGAAAAAUUGGAAAAUCCCACAGAAAAAACCUGAAAAUCCUGCUGGGAUCUGAAAAAAAAACCAGCCUGGGAUACUGAAAAACCCAAAAAUCCCCCAGAAUGGGAGAUGGACAAGCAGCUCUGCUCCGGGAAAUCCGGGUUCUGAGCAGGGAAAUCCUGCCGGAAAACCCAAAAAUCCUGCUGGAAAACCACCCUGGGAUCACAAAAAUCCUGCUGGGAUUCAGGAAAAACAGCUCGGGAUCCCAAAAUCCUGAAAAUCCCCCAGAAUGGGAGAUGCACAAACGGCUCUGCUCUGGGAAAUCCAAGUUCUGAGCCCAAAAAAACCCUCCAGGGAUCCCAAAAAACUUGAAAAUCCCGCUGAAAAACCUGAAAAUCUCAUUGAAAAACCUGAAAAUCCUGCUGAGAAACCUCCCUGGGAUCCCAAAAACCCAAAAAUCCUGCUGGGAACCCCUCUGGAUUUCCUGGAAAGCAGCAGAAAUUCCUAUAAAAGAGCAGAAUUCCUUGGGAAAACAGUGGAAAACAGCAGAAAUUCCCAGGAAAAACAGAGGGAUUUCUUCUAAAACAACACAAUUCCCAGGAAAAAUGGUAGGAUUUCCUGGAACACAGCAGAACUCCCAGGAAAAUGGAGGGAUUUGGAGGAUAAAAAUGGGAUUUGACUCUAGAACAAUGGCGUUCCUGAGGAAUCCAGCAGAACUCCCAGGAAUUUCCAGGAAAAUUGUGACUUUUUCUGAGGGAAAACAGCAGAAUUUCAAGGAAAACCUGAACUCGCCCUCACAGGGGCUAAUUAACUCCGACAGCGUUAAUUAACGACUAAUUCGUGCCUAAUUAACCCCUCUAGGGACUCCUUUGUGCCAGCACGGACAUAUUUAUUGCAAUUAACCCAUCUGGGCUGUUUUUAACCCGUUUGGUUGUGCCUGACCGCGAGGCCAUUAAAAACCAGCGACUGUG